GUGCAGAGUGUUUUGAAACCCAGUCACCACAAAGAUGGGCAGGAGCUUAAUGCUUUGCUGAAUGCCCCUCACAUGCAGGCGCUCUUACUGGCUCAUGAUAAGGUUGCAGAGCAAGAAAUGCAACCAGAGCCAGUAACAGACGAGAAGAUUUAUGAGAAUGUUGGCCUGUAUGGAGGGGAGACGGUUAAAAUAGUUCGGAUUGAGAAAGCUCGAGAUAUUCCACUGGGUGCUACCGUUCGCAAUGAAAUGGAUUCUGUCAUCAUUAGUCGAAUAGUCAAAGGAGGCGCCGCAGAGAAGAGCGGGCUGUUACACGAAGGGGAUGAAGUUCUAGAGAUCAAUGGCAUUGAGAUUCGUGGAAAAGAUGUUAAUGAAGUUUUUGACUUACUGGCUGACAUGCAUGGUACUCUGACUUUUGUAUUGAUUCCCAGUCAACAGAGCAAACCACCUCCUGCGAAGGAGACAGUUAUACAUGUGAAAGCACAUUUUGACUAUGAUCCCUCUGAUGACCCCUACGUCCCUUGCCGAGAGUUAGGCCUGUCCUUUCAGAAAGGAGAUAUACUGCAUGUGAUCAGCCAAGAAGAUCCCAACUGGUGGCAGGCCUACAGGGAUGGAGAUGAAGACAAUCAGCCCCUGGCAGGCCUUAUCCCCGGAAAAAGUUUUCAACAGCAGAGGGAAGCAAUGAAGCAAACCAUAGAAGAAGACAAGGAGCCAGAGAAAUCAGGAAAACUCUGGUGUGCGAAGAAGAAUAAAAAGAAACGGAAAAAGGUUUUAUACAAUGCAAAUAAAAAUGAUGAUUAUGAUAACGAGGAAAUACUGACGUAUGAGGAAAUGUCCCUGUAUCAUCAGCCGGCUAAUAGGAAACGGCCCAUCGUUCUGAUCGGCCCCCAGAGCUGCGGCCAGACGGAGCUGCGGCAGAGGCUGCUGCACAGCGAGGUGGAUCGCUUCGCCUCCGCCGUCCCGCAUACUACUCGGAGCAGGCGAGAGAAUGAAGUAGCUGGAAGGGAUUACCAUUUCAUUUCCCGACAGGCGUUUGAGAAUGACAUAGCUGCAGGGAAGUUCAUUGAAUAUGGAGAGUUUGAGAAGAACCUCUAUGGUACUAGCAUAGACUCGGUGCGGCAGGUGAUCAACUCUGGCAAGAUAUGCCUUUUAAAUCUCCAUACCCAGUCACUGAAGACGCUGCGCAAUUCAGACUUGAAGCCAUAUAUUGUAUUCAUUGCACCACCUUCCCAAGAAAGAUUACGUGCUCUAUUGGCCAAAGAAGGGAAAAAUCCAAAGCCAGAAGAAUUGAGAGAAAUCAUCGAGAAGACGAGGGAGAUGGAACAGAACAACGGCCACUACUUUGAUACAGCAAUUGUGAAUUCUGAUCUCGAUAAGGCCUAUCAGGAGUUGCUUCGGUUAAUUAACAAACUCGACACAGAACCCCAGUGGGUGCCCUCCACGUGGCUGCGGUGAAAGAGGACAGUUCCAGGGGA